CUGCAGGAGCUGCAUUGUUCACUGCAGAACUGCUGCAUGUGUGACUGUGGUUUCCUGUGUGUAAGACAGUUUGUAAAAAGAAAAACAUGCCAUCCACCCGCUCCCAGAAACAAGUAGUCCAGCCUCCAUCCACCAGGAUGAGUUUGAGGAGCUUCCGCAGCGUCCCGCUGGUUCCCAUGGAGACUUCCUCCUCUUCCUCUGAUGACAGCUGCGACAGCUUUGGCUCCGAUGGAGGCUUUGCAAAUACGAGGAGCAGUUUAAGACAGACGAGGAGGAUGGGAGAGAAAUCAAAGGUGUUUGAGGCCACAUCAGAGGAAGAUACAUGCAGCGGGUUUGAGAAUGUGAUCAACAGUCAGAUGAAAGCCAUGAAAGUGAACUCUCAACCUCUGAGACGUGGCCGCAAGUCCAACGUCCUGAAGGUUGCCAUGACGUUCCCCAGCAGGAAGAUGGGCAAGAAGAGGCCCGCAUCUGAACCACUCCCUCAACCUCAAGCAAUGGACUCCGACUCUGAGGAAGAGGAGAACUUCAUGAACAAGAGAGCUCUGAACAUAAAGGAGAACAAAGAAAUGCUUGCAAAGCUCAUGGCAGAGCUGAACAAAGUAUCUGGACUCUUGCCGAGACGAAUGUCAGCAUCCACUACGCCCCGGCAAGCACCUCGGCGGUCCAUGGGAACUCCAGCAGCUUGUAGGAGAAACCCAGAGCGUCAGUCCCGACCCCACACACGGUCCCGCACGCUGGUGGAUGGACCCCCCAGCCCGACUCCAGAGGAGGAGCCUGAGGAUAAGUUCAACCUGGUUCGCAAAAGCCGCUACUAUGAAGAGGAGGAUGAGCCACCCCGUCGCCGUUCCUUCAACGGUUCCAAGGCCAUCCCUCAUGUAGUGCGGCCUGUGGAGGACAUCACAGAGGCAGAGCUGCAGCACAUCUGCGAGAACGUGCGGGAGAAAGUCUACAACAGCUCCACUGGAAGCACGUGCCACCAGUGCCGUCAGAAAACAAUCGACACCAAAACCAACUGUCGUAAUCCAGAGUGUGUGGGGGUGAGGGGUCAGUUCUGUGGCCCGUGUCUCCGUAACAGAUACGGAGAGGAGGUCCGAGAUGCUCUGCUGAAUCCGGAGUGGCAGUGCCCGCCAUGCAGAGGGAUCUGUAACUGCAGCUUCUGUCGGGCCCGAGAAGGCCGCUGUGCUACUGGAGUGUUGGUUUACCUGGCGAAAUAUCACGGCUUUGACAAUGUGCACGCCUACCUGAAAAGCUUGAAGAAGGAGAUGGAACAAGAGAGUAACAAGUGAAGUGUGACGGAAGAAGCUGCUCUAACUGACCCUGGACCUGACUGACAUGCUCUGUGACCACUUUUACAUCCGCACAGACAACAUAUUCAUAGUUUUACAGCCAUUAGAACAAAACGGUUAAUGUUCUUGUUUGUGAAGUUUCAUAUUUUUUUUAAAUAUUGAUGCAUAUCUGGAGGAGAUGUGCACACACUUAAAGCUUGCAUUGCAUUUGUUCUCUGGUAUUUUUUCCUACUUUUUUUUCCCACAAGCGCUGAGCCUUUACAUAAAGACACGGUUGAUUAGUUACUAAGUUGGAGCACAAAAAAAAAUCUGAAAUGUGUCAACCAUAAAUUGGCGACCUGUCUGAUCUGCCUUGGAUGUACAUAUUCCUGAGCCUGUAAAAAUCACUUUUUUUUAUAGCUGAAUCGUACCUGCUGCAAAAAUAAGCUUGUUUAGAUCCACAGUAUUUUUACAUUGUUUUAAAUGUACAUAUUUUACACAGACAUGAAUUGACCUCCAAGGGAUCCAUCAUUGUGCCUUUUUUUUUUUUCUAGUUGGAAAAUUUAUGCUUGUGUUUUUACAAGUUGCUAAGCCUUUUGUAAAUCUACUAAAAGUUUUAAAUGUUAAAAAACAUGUUUGCUUUACUCGGGAUAUCCUAUAGAAAUGGCCCAAUGAUCUGCAUGCUGCCGAGGUGGUGCAGGUAGAAAGGGCAUAGACUGGGGUCCACUGCCUCUCACUUCUAAACCGAGAGGAACUGUGUGAUAUACUACAGCGCCUGGUUAAAUAUCCUUCAUUAGAUAACUGUCACUAAUGGUGUGGAAACAAUUAGCACACUCUAAUGGGAAUCUCAUACCUGUAAAUCAUUUUAUCCUGUUAAAGCACAUUCUCGCUCUGCUCCAGUCUCUUUGGCUCAUUUUCUGCCUUACACUGUUAAGUAGGAAUGGUUGAAGGUGCCACUGAAGUGGUAAUAGAGUUAUGGCCUGCAUUUUCUGUUCAGAAGUGAUACUCUACACAGAAUGACAUGAAAUUAACCUUUGUGUCAUUCAUCUUUGAAACGUACUUCAUACGACCUGCACCAGGACAGACUCUGAUUAUAUGAUAUUGUUUCAAAAUAAUCAAUGGUUGAGAUCUUCUUCUUCAUUGUAAUGGCAGGUGGAGGUUAUCUUAACUGCUGCUUGUGUUUAUCAGCCCUGCACUCGUAACAGGAAGAGUAAUGCUUAAGUGCUGAUGGGAGAAUCUGUUAUGGUGAUGCUUGUUUUGUGCUUAAUGGGUUAACUGUACAUUUCUAUUAAAGCGGUAAUCACUGCAGAA